AGACAGAGAGGAAGUGACGGUUGGAGAACAGCGCAGAGAAAAAGAAAAAGAAUGUAUUACGUCGCCACGUCCGUACGCGCCGCGUUCCGAAGAGAACCCAACCAACGAACAAAACAACGACCAAACUCUUGGCUCGACUGGCUUGCAACGUUGUCGCGUCUACUCCAGACACGCUAGAGGCUCCUCCUCACUCUUCAGUCGCUCAGAAAACGUUCCACACACAGCAUUACUGUCGCUUUGUCGCGUUAGAAACGUCGCCUGUCGCGCGAUACUAACGUCAGUCGCUCGCGAAUCGCGUGAAAUCGAGAGUAGAAUUCGAGGUGCACACGUGGGUGUUUGUUAGAGGUUGAUAGACGGUGUCGGUCGUAAGUUAGACGCGUUAAAACAACGGAAACCGCGUUGAAACUGUGGUCUAACACGUGGUUAGAUUGUUAGUGCUUCGUAACGAUUAACGAUUUAAUUUAAAACGAUCGUUAAUAACGAGUAACGAUUUAAUUUGAUGAUUCACGGCGUAAAAACUGUUUACAUAAAGGCACAGCCAACAAACUGAAUCUGUGAUAGAGGUUAAUAUUGGUUUAACACGUGGUUGUUGCUUAGAGCUGGGAACUGUUGUAAUGAUUGGGAACUGAUUUAAUUUGAUGAUUCACGGCGUAAAAACUGUUUACAUGAAGUCCCAGACAUCUUUCCAACUGUGAUAGAGGUUAAUCUUGGUUUAACACGUGGUUGUUUCUUAGAGCUUGGGAACUGUUGUAGUUGAACAAUUUCAUUGUCAGGUUCAACGUUUAACGUGAUUUAUUUUAACGCUGAAUUGAAGUUUAAACUGAAAUCUUACACGUGGUCGUUCAGUUAAAAUACUGGAAAACAUUUGUUUGGGCGCUAAUUGGGAACUGUUUUGUAGUUGAACAUUAUCGUUGCUAGUUUCAACGUUUAACGUGAUUGAACGUUGAAUUGCAGUUUUAACUGAGACAUUUCACGUGGCUGUUAAGUUAAAAUAUUUGUAAACGUUUCAUUGGGCGCUAAUUUUAACGGUAGUGUGACGUCAACUGCGUUUUAUUUGAGUGAUGAUUCGUUAACUUUGAAAGCGUCACAAGUUGAACGUUUUCAACGUCAUUCGCAAACAGCUUGGCCUACAACUACGGUACAACAAAUUCCAACUGAAUGACUGUGUAAGGGGAUUCACCAAGUGUCACCAAUAUCAAGUUUCUUAUUGAAAAACGUCGAAACGUCGACCGUUUCAACAAAUGUCAUAUUAGGCGAUUUUAGUGUGGACUCUGGACAUCUCUAUUGUAUCUAGAAACUGGACAUUUAUCCUCUUCAACUGUUAUUGCUCAAAAUUACAUUCCUUUUUCUGUUUUAUGACCGUGAUUAUUUGCAAUAAGCAACGCUAUAAACUACGAUUUGAACUUGACAAUGUUAUAAAGUAGAGAACUGUUUUGAUCCGGUGCCAAUGAUUGUAGAAUUGCUGUCAUAGUGGAAAUACAUAGGAAAAAGUGAAGAAUAUUAAGGAGAAAUUGAAAAAUAUUUAGGAAAAAAGAAAAAUAUUCAGGGAAAAGUGAGAAAACGAGGCAAGUCAAUUUUUGGUACAACCUGAACACAUGAUAGAGCCAAGUACUUGUGUUUACUAGAUGCAGUAAAUAACUAGAUACGUUUGACAACUAGAUAACUUGAUAAAUGGACAAGAAACUAAUGAGAUAACUAGAUCGUUAUCACUAGAUUCUUAUCAUCACUGAGCAAAAAUUCCAAACUGAUAAGAAGAUCAGUUUCAUUGGAGAAUAAUCUCCAUACUAAAAAAAGUAGGCUACAACGUAUUAGACAUUACCAUAAUAUGACGUGAUAUAUUAUCAUCUUCAUCAAGUUUUAUCAGGAGCCUAACCAUCUCACAAACCUUACGUCUUCCAGGUUUAUAGGAGAUAAACAAAAUUUAUAAUAGACUACAUUCGUUUAGGCAAACAAAUAUUGUGCAAAUGUUAGAUUAGCCAACAUCAUUAUGAAAUUACAUCAGGUAGCCUAACCAUCUCACAAACUACACGGCUCUGGGGAUUUUUAGAAAAUAGUGGGAAUCUAGAGGACAAUGACCAACACUGCUCUACAGAACGUACACAUGGACCAGUUUAUUGAGGAGGUUCGCAUGCGUCCGGCGAUCUACGACACAACAAUGGCAGAGUACUGUGACCGCUCCUACAAGCGACAUCUCUGGAUGGAGAUCUGCGAAAAGUUCAACCCCGACUGGUCAACUCUAGAGGAGGAACAGCGUGAGGCUAUCGGUCGAGAAAUGAAAAACCGGUGGAAAUCCAUCAGAGACGCCUUCGUACGAGAGGUACGCUACCUCAAAGAAGCUGCCAAAUUCGGCGAGCCUCCUGCCAAGAAGCGCAAAUACAUCUACUACGACCAACUCUCCUUCCUGCUGCCGACAGUCGGCUCCCGAAGCAACACAACAGUCAACAAGAUACACAACCUGCCUACGUUGCAUGCAACACACUUCCUGCACAACAGUAGCUACGACGAUUGCUACAGCGAGGAGGCACUGGACUUGAAAAAAGAACCUCAAGAACCUGUCACAAAUCUGCAAGAAGUGGAUCUCCAAGACACGCAACAUCCUCAAGAUUCUGAAAGUGAUCGUGAGAGUUCGGUUUUUGGUGGCAGAGGUGGGUUUUCAAAUCAGAAAUCAAAUUCAAUCAAAGAGGAAAUCAACAGCAAAGAAGACAAGAUAAACAUUUGGUUGAACUGGAACAGUAAAGAAAAUAACGAUCCGAGAGAACCUCAGGAAGAAAGAGUUGAGGUGGUCCCAAUUAUAGACAAUAUGGUGGAAACCAACCAUCAAACCUCCCAUGAAUCUGAAAGUAACAAUAAUUCUUCCACCAAUGUUUAUGAAGGUUACGGUGUAACUGCCGAUUCUGAUUACAUGUUUUUAAUGUCUCUUUUGCCCAGUUUCAAGAAACUGGAGGAUGAGACAAAGAGCAUGAUCAAGAUUGAAAUAGCUUCGGUGCUUCAUAAUGCUAUCUACGGUUCUAGAAGGUUGUCUGAACAUAUAUUACUGCAGGAAAAUGGGAAAAGAUCGGGGAAAACUCCCACUAAGAAGGUUUGAGAAUGGAGAAUUUGAGAAAUCAGUUGUGUAAAGUUGGUAGCAGUGAUUGCAAAUCCCAGUGGAAAUGUUUGAAAAUGUGGGAUGAGGUUUUAGAUGUGUAAAGCUCGUAACAGAGAUUGCAAAAUGAAGACUCAAAAUGUAAAUUUUUAUAAUUAUUCAGUAGGGCUCUAGUUCAAUGCAAGGACAACUGUCUUAUUAAUGGUGGCAUAUGUUUAUGCACAACUAUACUCAACAGUUAUAAAAAACUACCACCACAUUCAGAAGCCUAUCUUCAAAAAUAUCAUUGAUGAGAUUAAUAAUUAAAUUCCUCAUUACCUAUUCAAUGAAUCUAUAUUUUUUUGAAGAUGAUUAUUUAUUGGUACUCAUUGAACCAAAAUCUACUCCACCUAUAAUUAUUAAAAGUUUCUGGCAUUAGUAUCAUAUUCCAUAUUAUUCAUGGAAUCAUAUUUCAUAUAUCCCAUAUAUAGUUAUUUUGUGAAUCAUUCCUUCAUCAAGCUCUGAUGUUUGAGGAGGAUUUUAAGUUAUGGUUAUAUUCCAAAUUCAAUAUUAUUAAUUCUUCAUAUUUGGGUCAGUAGAUGAAAUAUUGUGAUCAAUCAAUAGCUCAAAUUUAUGUAGAUAUUCGAAGUAGCCUCUUGUAUAAUCAUGUUAGUAAUAGCAAAUAUAUAAGAUAUUGGUAAUUGAUCUACAUGAAAAUUUAUCCAGGUCUAAGUAAGAUCUAGAACUCCAAAAAUUAAUUUUUCAAAUUUAGUGAAAUUAAAAAGAUAUAAACAAGUAAUAAAUUAACCUGAAUUUGAUUUGAAGAGAAACUAGUCCUGGAAACUCUCAAAAAGUGUCAAGAAAUGUUGAUGGGAGAUUAACAUUGUUAGGAAAUCUAGAGUUAGCUUUGCUUUUUGAAUAAUUUAUUCUUACUUUUCCCCCACCUGGUAAGAAUUGGAUCUCAAAUUUGAUGACAUUCAUGCCAUAUUCUUAUGAGAUCUCACUAAUAUAGAAAAGACAUUUUGUUCUUAUCUUCCAAUAGCUAGUAGGUUUGCUAAUUUAAGUAUUACAAAUUGUAAUUAAGUAUUAUUAAUUUGUAAUUAAUUUUUUGUAUUUUCUUAUUGGUGAUAAUAUGUAGCUUAAAAUGUCAAUGAUAAAAUGACAUAUAUUAUUAUAAAUAAUUAAGCAAGUAUUGUACUUUUCAAUAUCUCUAUUGACAGUUUAAUGAGCUGAAAUGUUUAUUUUGAUUAACAAUAUGUCCUACAUGAAAAUGUAUAUUAUAAGUUAUAAUGAUUAAGUUUCAUCAGAGCACUUAUGUUUGCUGUGUAAAGACAUGAGGUAUCAGAUUUGUAUGAAUGUAAAUUGUAAAUCUCACUAUUAAUGAAAGAUGAAAAUGUAACUUUGAGGAUAUUAAGGUGCAUACAGAUAUACGCGCCGCGAACAUGAGCAAUUCACUUUUAAUCAGCUGAUUAUAUCUGCAUUUUUACAGAAACGGUAAGAUACAGAUAUAAAAAGCUUGGCAUCAGCUGAUUAAAAGUGAAUUGCUCAUGUUCGCGCUGAUGUAAUCAUUGCUCAUGUAAUCAGCUGAUGCCAAGCUUUUUAUAUUGGUAUCUUACCGUUUCUGUAAAAAUACAGAUAUAAUCAGCUGAUUAAAAGGGAAUUGCUCAUGUGCGCGCUGAUGUAAUCAUUGCUCAUGUAAUCAGCUGAUACCAUUCUUUUUAUAUCUGUAUCUUACCGUUUCUGUAAAAAUACAGAUAUAAUCAGCUGAUUAAAAGUGAAUUGCUCAAGUUUGCGGCGCGUAAAUCUGUACGCACCUUAAGAUGCGAGGGGAUUUCAUUUUUUCGAGAGAAUGUAAUACAGGCCUACUGUAUUGCUAUUCAACCGAUUCACAGUUUUGAAGUUUGUAUUGCUCAUAGAACAUUCCAUUUUCAUUGAGAAACAAGAAUUCUGUUUCCAUAAAAAAAUUGAUUAGAGUAUUACAAUUACCUUAGAAUAUUGUUGAAAAUCAAAAGUUCAAAUUUUUUGAGAUGUAUGAUAUAAAUCUUCAAUGUGAGGAAAAAUUGAGACACACAGUAAAAUUUUGUAUUGUUGAUAAAAUACAUUCCAUUUUCAUUGAAGAAUAAGAAUUCUGUUUUCAUAAUAAAAUUGAUUAGAGUAUUUCCAUUACCUUUGUAUUCCCUUAAAAUAUUGUUGAAAAUCAAAAGUUCAAAUCUUUUGAGAUGUAUGAUAGAAAUCUUGAAUGUGAGGAAAAAUUGAGACACACAGUAAAAUUUUGUAUUGUUGAUAAAAAAAAAUUCCAUUUUCAUUGAAGAAUAAGAAUUCUGUUUCCAUACUAAAAUUGAUUAGAGUAUUUCCAUUAGCUCAGAAUAUUGUUGAAAAUCAAAAGUUCAAAUCUUUUGAGAUGUAUGAUAGAAAUCUAGAAUUUAAAGAAGAAUUGAGACACACAGUAAAAUUUUAUAUUGUUGAUAAAAUACAUUUCAUUUUCAUUGAGGAAUAAGAAUUCUGUUUUCAUACUAAAAUUGAUUAGAGUAUUUCCAUUACCUUGAAAUAUUGUUGAAAGUCAAAAGUUCAAAUUUUUAGAGAUGUAUGAAAGAAAUCUAGAAUGUGAGGAAUAAUUUUCUGUGUAUAUAUUGAAAUUAGUUUGGAUACAUUUUUAGACAAUGCUGUGAUUUUGGUAUCUUCUGAUAGUUGAUGGAAUUAUUCAAGUAGAGUAACUACAAAUAGGACAAAUUUCAUUAUUUCUAUAACUGAAAGAUGUAGAUAAUAAUAGUAACUGUUUCUAUUAUUGAAACAAAUAGCUAUAGAAGAGUAGUAACAAAGUGAUAUUUUCAAAAAAAAAUAAGAUUGAAAUAAAAACUUUAGUACCCUUUUAUUAAAAAACUUUAAAAUAUUCCAAUGACUAGCUUCGAACAUAUGUCAUUUACAAGUUAAAAUGACAUUUUUAAAGUUACUAAAGUUUUCAUAUUGUUUUUAUUUGAAUCAAGUAGACCAUAAAGCUAAGUGAUUUUAUUAAGAUUGGAUUAUUUGUUGUUUUGGUAUGAUAUCUUGUUGUAAAUACGUUUUAAGUCUAUCUUGACUGAAGAUAAACUAACUAACUAAUUUGAAAAAAUAACAUUUUUAUUUUCAAUUUACAGUUGAUUCUGUUUACCUGAUAAUGAACGUAAAAAUAAGAUAAUUAUUGUAGCAAUAAGUAAGAUACGCUUCUAUUAUAAGCAUUUCAACUAAAAUUAUUAUCAGGAUUAUGCCCGUUUAUCAUUUUCAUAACACUCAUUAUUUCAUUAUAAUAAUUUUUGAAUAAUAGCGCUCAUCGAAUUUCCAUCUAGCUGUUUACCCUGUUGUCAAUUUUUGCAGUAGCAGAACUCUUCGGGGUGAAUUACAGCAUUCAAUUUGGA